UACCACCGCCUAAGUUUCCUCCCACCGUCCGACAUUGCCAAAAUCAGUUCAUGCCGUGCCGUCGAGCUCUGUAUUUCCCGUCUCCACCUUCCGAAUCCGACGUCACAAAUAGGAACGCAUCAAAUUGCUGAACCGUUGUACAUAUUUCCCUCUCCUUUAUUUGUUAUUCUCCAACUCCACUUCUCCCCUCACUCACCCUCUCUCUAAAAUCUCGGUAAUUUGUUUGUGGUGUUUCCUUUCUGGGAAUUAAUGUAUGCUGUUUACUUUCUGGGAAUUGAUGUAGGCUCAAUUGCCGCGAGCAAUGCAAUGAAGCUCUUAUGCAUGCAGGUCAGGAAAAGUCAAUCCUCAAUAUCCAUAUUUACUUCAUGUGGCGAUUCAAGUCAUAGUGCAGAAAUUGCUUGCUCGUGUACUUGCUUGGAGGAUUCAAUGGAGAAAAAUCUAAUCUUUGCAUCCGCAAAAGAAUAAAUUAUGGCGUAUGAUCAGAGCUCUAUACCUAAAGAUUUACGUCCACUGAAUAUAAUGAGAACUGUGCCUGAGGAUCCUAGGAUUUCUCCAGCAACUUCGUCUGGGAGGCCCAUUGAAGGGUAUUAUGAUGGUAGCCCUGGCACCAUGCCUGCAGUUUAUUACCCUGCCACAGUACCACCUGUAGAAUUUAACAAUGCUGUCACUGGGGUUGCCGGAUGGAUUCAGCAAAUUGUGCCGCCCCCUCAAGUCCAACAAGGUGUUGUGAGUGGUACUGUGGUUAAUCCACUAGGUGUUUAUACAACGAGUCAUAAUUAUGGGAUGCGAAAUGGGUGCAGUACUUCAGAUCAUACUAGUGACGACGGUGGUGAUGAUUCUUUAACGGGCCGGAAGGUCAAGUUUUUAUGUAGUUUUGGUGGGAAAAUACUUCCACGCUUGAGUGAUGGGGCAUUAAGAUACGUAGGAGGGCAGACCAGGAUAAUUACUGUUGGAAGGUAUGUGACAUUUAGUGAAUUUGUCCAGAAAAUGGCAGCUAUGUAUACACAGAAUUUGGUGAUCAAAUAUCAGUUGCCAGAUGAGGGUCUUGAUGCACUUGUAACUGUUUCAUGUGCUGAUGACCUUGAGAACAUGAUGGAUGAAUAUGAAAAGUUGAUAGAGAGGUCUUCUGAUGGUUCUGCUAAGUUGAGAAUAUUUUUGUUUUCACCUUCAGACCUUGAGUCAGUUGUGCAUAUUGAAGAUGUGCAGGAUGGUGGGCAGAAGUAUGUUGAAGCUGUGAAUGGCAUAGGAGAUGUGUUCAGUAGUGGUGGUUGUAUUGUUAGAAAAGAGAGUAUUGAAAGUACUAUUUCUGCUCAGAAUUCUGAUUUCAGUUAUACUGAAGGCGGUGAUAGCCUAAGCCAUGGUUUGGGGGAGGUUGCUAGUGUGUCUUCUACGGGUGCAUUGUCACUUAAUGGAAAUGUUGUUUCUUUUGAUACAGCACCAAGAGUGGUUUACAUAGAUCCUAAUCCUCUGCCAUAUGCUGACUCUUGUGCUGCUUCAUUAAGCAUUCCAAUGAUAAAAACUAGCCGUACAAUAGCUAUGGGUGCUAUCACUGAGCAAGAGGUAGAGAGAUCUGUGCCUUUAUCUGUUCCACAGGGCUCAACUAUUAUGAGUUAUCCGGCAUCUUCGCCAUACAUGCAAGCUUAUGCAGAUCCUCAUCAAGAAACUUUGAGUCAUGCUAACUAUGUGCAACAACCUCCCCAGAUGGGAUUCCCUCCUCAAGUUUUAGGUACUGUGAGGCCGGUUUUCACUCAGCAGCCCAUAGCUGCAGGAGCAUCUCCUCAAUCUUUCACUCCUGCCGUCCACAUGACAAUGAAUACCUCCAUUGGCAUGAGGCCGAGUGUAGUUCCUGUUGUUGGUCAACCAAAACAUGUUCAAGUGGAGAGUUAUGCAGAAAACAUGAUGCCGCCGAGGCUUGUCCAACUUCCUGCUGCACAAGGAUACAAUGUCAACCAAGCUCAGCCUUCUGCAACAGAACAAGGAGGGAUGUAUAAUUGGCAGCAAAUUCCACAUUUUGAGCAGAUGGCUUUGUCAGAAGGGGGCUUGAGUCCUCAGCCAGCUGUUCUUCCUGCGUGGAUAGAGGACUGCCAGAUGUGCCAAAAAGCAUUACCUCAUGCUCAUUCAGAUACAGCUGCUCAGGAGCAAAAGGGAAACCCUUCUUGCACCCUCUCUGAUGGUAGGUCAGUUUCUACUAGUUUCAUGUUGGAUGGUCGAGGGAGGCCCUUAAUUAGGCCUGUCGUAACUGGAACUCGGGCAAAUGGCAAUAUAGAACAAUUGGCUGAAUCCGGAAAGGUUCACAUAGAGGCAAUUGGUGUCUCACGAAAUGUUGUCAAGGGACAGAAUGUUUAUGAUAGAACUAUUCUACAUAAGGCAGAACCUUCCCAGGUGACAAUUCCUCAGGGUGUCGUAAGUGGGGUCAAAAUUCCUCAUGGUGUGUUUAUGGCUAAUACUCCCCCAUCUUCCCAAGCCAGUGCUGUCCAGAAUCUAGUUGUUCAGCCUCAAAUUCAAGUCAUACCAGAAGCAACCUAUAAUAGACGGUUGAAUAAUGAUUUUGCUCCUGUUGGAAUGCAUUUGCAGAAAAACCAUGCUGGUCGUGAAUCCCCAAAAGAAUACCCUCCCAAUGUUUCUACCGGAUGUCCUAUAGAUGAUUCUACUUCAUUGGCAUAUGACAAUCAGAGACAAAUUGAAGGAAAGUUGGAUAAUCUUCGGAUAAAUCCUUCAGAAGUUUUGUAUAAUAAUGCGUAUAACAGGACUAUUGCGGAUCUUAGAAAGGAAGACUCACAAGAUAACAUGCCAAACCUGAUCCUUAUGGGGGAUGCUCUCAACAUGCACACUUUACCAUCUACAGAAUCGAAUGAAGCGACACCAACUCCUCCUGCAGGCAAUCCUAAUUUGUACCCUUAUUCAGCAAUUGAGGUCAAUCUUCUGCCCUCAGAUGACGUGGCUGAAAGCUCUGCAUAUUCAGUUGGUGAGUCUACUCGUACAGCUGAAGGAAUCCUUCCGAUUAAUGAAUGGAAUGAUAAUGUUCCAUGGUCACUGCACAAAAUAGGUGGUGAUAAAGAUGUUGCUCAUGAGGGGUCAUUUGUAUCACCAUCCCAUGGAGUUGGAGAUAUCUUAGAUAGUUCAUCAUCACAAUUUGUUAAUGCGGAUCCAUGGAUUAUGCAUUCUGACUCUCAUCACCCUCCUCCCCGACCGAGCAAGAUUCAAAUAAAGAGGGAUAAUGCAGGAUUGCGAGAUCCUCUUGCCGACAAUCGUCAAUGCAAUAGUAGUGAAACACCAACAAGUGAUUCCAGGGAUUCAGUAGUUGAGACUCCACUGGCUGAUGAAGCUUACCAGCUUCAUAACAAUUUAACUUGGGAUCUGAGUUCAGAUCACAGUUUGUCGAAUAAAGAUUCAGCAGAGGAACAGAUAAAGAGAGAACUUCAAGCUGUUGCAGAGGGCGUGGCAGCUUCUGUAUUUCAUUCGUCUGUCCAAUCAAAUCCUGAAUCAUUAGUGCAUCCGAACAGUGAUUCUCCACCUAUAUCCCAGCAUUAUCGUGAUGGACAACCUGCUAAUGUAGAAACAGAGCAGAUAGACAAACCUGACGAAAUCAAGACGAAAUUAUCAGAGAAGAUAAAUCUUGGAUUUCCUGCAUCAGGCGUUGGCCGAUUACAGAUUAUUAAGAACAGUGACCUGGAAGAGUUACGAGAAUUGGGCUCUGGUACCUUUGGGACAGUUUAUCAUGGAAAAUGGAGAGGGACUGAUGUUGCAAUUAAACGCAUUAAUGAUAGAUGUUUCUUCGGGAAGCCUUCAGAACAAGAACGCAUGAGGGAUGAUUUUUGGAAUGAGGCGAUCAAGCUAGCCGACUUACACCAUCCUAAUGUUGUUGCUUUUUAUGGAGUUGUGCUUGAUGGUCCUGACGGUUCAGUUGCAACUGUCACUGAAUACAUGGUGAAUGGUUCUAUGAGAAAUGCUUUGCAGAGGAACGACAGGAUUCUGGAUAAGCGCAAGCGCCUUUUGAUUGGCAUGGAUGUUGCCUUUGGAAUGGAAUACUUGCACGGAAAGAAUAUAGUACAUUUUGACUUGAAGAGUGAUAAUUUAUUGGUCAAUCUCCGUGACCCACAUCGACCAAUAUGCAAGGUUGGUGAUUUGGGGCUGUCCAAGGUGAAAUGCCAGACGCUUAUAUCAGGUGGUGUAAGAGGAACCCUUCCAUGGAUGGCUCCGGAGCUUCUAAAUGGCAGCAGUAGCCUUGUCUCUGAGAAGGUGGAUGUAUUUUCAUUUGGAAUUGUGAUGUGGGAACUUCUCACUGGAGAAGAACCUUAUGCAGAUCUGCACUACGGGACCAUCAUUGGCGGUAUUGUUAGCAACACAUUGCGGCCUCAUGUGCCGGAAACAUGCGAUCCUGAUUGGAGAGCUCUUAUGGAGAGAUGUUGGUCGUGUGAACCACGGGAGAGACCGAAUUUCACAGAAAUUGCUGACGAGUUGAGGGCAAUGGCGAAUAAACUUCCAUCUAAAGGCCAACUCCCUCAACCCAAAAGCUGAAUUUUCUCGCAUUUUGGACUUUCGCUUGCUCAAUCCAAGCGUCAUUCCAUGAAUAGGGAAGGUCUGCUUAGUUUCCUUUGAUGACUCUUUUAGGAACUAUGCUGACAAUGUUAAUUUUUCAAUAGAGUUAAUUUUUAGUUGUAAUAUUGAUUUUCAUUCAGUUUUGAUGCACUUCAGUCUCAUCUCCUUUGAUUUGGGAUAAUGCUUUACUAUAAUAUUAGUAUACCAUUCACUA